AUGCCGUUGGAGAGUGCUAAAUUUGUUCGUUUUGAAGGUGGCAAGCCUACAAGUGUAUGUGUGGGUCAAUUGUGGAAGGGUAAGAAGGUGGUGGUGUUUGCAUUACCUGGUGCCUUUACUCCCACUUGUACGACCAGUCAUUUACCGCGAUAUGAAGAGCUAUAUGAGACGUUCCGUGAGCAGGGUGUAGACGAGGUGUACUGUGUGUCUAUGAACGAUGAUUUUGUGAUGAAGGCAUGGUUUGAGAAGUUGGGUGUCAAUAACAUCAAGAGUAUCCCGGAUGGCAACGGUGAAGUGAGCAAGGCGCUGGGUAUCUGGAUGAGUCGUGAGGAGUUGGGCUUUGGUCCUCGAGCUCGUCGUUCCUCCUUUUUGAUUAACGACCUGAAGAUUGAGAAGUCCUUCAUCGAAUCCGAAACACCUGGUGACCCCUUCGAAGUCAGCGGUGCCGAGAACAUGCUACACUUCAUUAACCCCGACGCCCAAAUCCCCAAACCAAUCACCGUCUUUGGUACACAUGCCUGCAGCUAUUGUAUUAAGACCAAAAAGCUGCUGGAAGAAAAACGACUUAAAUAUGUCUUCGUAGAGCUCUCACCUUCGGAAAAAAGCAUCGUCAUCGGCGCUCUCAACCAAGGCGCCUCUACUACACCCCAAAUCUUCAUCGACGGAAAGUGCAUCGGGGGUUACACGGAACUCGCUGCUCUACUUCAAUAG